GAUCCCUCCCACCAACCGGAAAAUUGACCGCAUCACUAUGGACGCCGCUUUGUACAAGAAACACACGACAACGCGUGGGUUCAGCUACAACUACUUUUUCGCUGCCGCACAGCCAGGCAAGUCGACGCUCAUCUUCCUGCAUGGAUUCCCAUCGUCGUCUUGGGACUGGACCCAGGAAGCUAUAUUCUUCAAGGCCCGUGGGUACGGCUUGAUCGUUCCAGACAUGCUUGGGUACGCUGGCACGGACAAGCCGACGGAUCCGAAGGUGUACGUGGGGAGCGGGCUUGCAAAGGACAUUGUGGACAUCAUGGACCACGAAGGUGUGGAGAAAGCAGUCGCGAUCGGACACGAUUGGGGAUGCAUCCCCGCUUCACGCCUCGCAAACUAUUACAACGAUCGCUUCCUCGCGUUUGCGUUCUUUGCCGUGGGAUACAUCCCCCCCAACCCUGUCUUCGACCCUGCUGCUCAGGCCGCCAAGACACGCGAGCUCGCCGGACGCGACCUCUUCGCGUACUGGGAGUUCUUUUCUGAGGAGGGCGCGGACAAGACGAUCGAGAAGAACUUUGACUCUUUCUUCUCCCUCUUCUUCCCAAACCCACCGGAGCUCUGGAAAGACCAUGUCACUGUGAUCGGCGGGGCCAAGGCGUGGGUCGAAGGCAACAAGCAGAGCCCCGCCCCUGCCUACAUAAAGCCUGAGGAUAAAGAACAUUAUAAGAAAUUGCUGCUCGAAGGAGGCCUUGCAGCCCCCCUCUGCUGGUACAAAGCGAUUACAGGAGGUUUUACGUCCGAAGACGACAAGCUCAUUCCUCUAUCUUCGUAUGGUUUUCAACAGCCUGCGUUCUUCGGCGCAGCGCUCAAGGACAUGAUUGCCCUGCCUGUGAUCGGCAAGGCGACGGUGCAGGCGGCUGCGAAGGGGCCGGUGACGAUCCGCGAGUUUGAUGGCGACCACUGGAUUGUGCUCUCCCAUGCGGACGAAAUAAACCGCGAGCUGUCGGCGUGGUUGGAAGAGCAUAGUAUUUAGGCGCUCUGCGAAGGAACGUAAGAUGUAACAACAUGAUGUGACUUUUUGCUGAAGACAAAUCUCUGUACGUGUGGAGGGAUAGGAAGUCGAAUUCAAUGUUUUAUGAUAGGUUAGGCUUUGAAUCCCAGGCCGGGACGCGGCGUGUGCAUAAGUC